AUGUCGAAAGAAUUCGAAUCUCACGUGGAGAGAGAGGAGGAAUACUCCACCAAGGACUACCAUGAUCCACCACCGGCGCCGCUCAUUGAUUUUGAUGAGCUGAGCAGCUGGUCAUUUUACAGAGCAAUUAUUGCUGAGUUCGUUGCCACUUUGCUAUUCCUUUACAUCACAGUUUUGACUGUUAUUGGCUACAAAAGCCAGAUUGACCCAGCUCACGGCGGCGACGACUGCGACGGCGUUGGGAUUCUAGGCAUUGCGUGGGCUUUCGGUGGCAUGAUUUUCAUUCUUGUUUACUGCACCGCCGGUAUCUCUGGAGGACAUAUUAACCCGGCCGUGACAUUCGGCCUGUUCUUGGGACGAAAGGUGUCACUGAUCAGAGCAGUGCUUUACAUGGUAGCACAAUGUUUGGGUGCAGUCUGUGGUGUGGGAUUGGUGAAAGCAUUCCAAAAAGCUUACUAUAAUCGGUAUGGUGGUGGAGCAAAUGAGCUUGCUCCAGGAUACAAUAAAGGAGUUGGUUUGGGUGCUGAAAUUAUUGGUACCUUUGUUUUGGUCUACACCGUCUUCUCAGCCACUGAUCCUAAGAGGAAUGCCAGAGACUCCCAUGUCCCUGUGUUGGCUCCACUUCCCAUUGGAUUUGCUGUGUUCAUGGUUCACCUUGCCACCAUCCCCAUCACUGGAACUGGCAUCAACCCUGCUAGGAGCUUUGGAGCUGCUGUCAUCUACAACAACGACAAGGCCUGGGAUGACCAUUGGAUUUUCUGGGUUGGACCAUUCAUUGGAGCUCUCAUUGCUGCAAUCUACCACCAAUAUAUCCUAAGGGCGGGAGCCAUCAAGGCAAUGGGAUCUUUCAGGAGCAAUGCUUAA